AAAGGCAAAAAUAUAACUACAAGCGAAACGAAUCUCUAAACAACAUGAAGUUCUCUGUGUGGAGAAUAUUCCAAGCGAAAUGCAUAUUUUAUUUAUCAAUUUUCUCUUCAGUGAAGUCGCUGAAUGUGUUACAACAAUUGGAGGCUAUUUACGAGCAGUCAGAGGGUUUACUAAGCAGUUUAAAGCAGGAACUCCAGUUAUUAGAAGCUGUUGAGCCUUAUCCCACCUCCUGCCUGAGUUCUGAAAUCAAAGAGAAUGGCUUGUACACCCUUAAAGUGCCAGAACUGCCUCCCUUUUCCGUUUACUGUGAAAAUCAAAUAGCUGGUCUUGGCUGGCUUGUGAUCCAGCGCAGGUUUAGUGGUAAUCUCAGUUUCUUUAGAAACUGGGAAGAGUACAAAAAUGGUUUUGGGGAUCUCAGGGGAGAGUAUUUCCUAGGUCUCGAGAAGAUACGCGCCUUAACGGCUCUGGAACCACACGAACUGUACGUUCAUCUGGAAGAUUUCGAUGGUGAGAAAAAGCAUGCCAAGUUCGAUGAGUUUGCCAUAGGCAGCGAGGAGGAUGACUUUGCCUUGAAUGCCUUGGGCAAGUACACAGGAACUGCAGGAGAUUCCCUGAGAUCCCAUCGCAAAAUGAAGUUCUCCACAUAUGAUAGGGAUAAUGAUCGCGAGUUUAAUAGAAACUGUGCGUUUUACUACCUCGGAGGCUGGUGGUAUAAUGCCUGCUUGGAUAGGUGGGUUUCUUGGCUUCUAUUUUAUAAUAUAUCUCAAUCUCUAUUAUCCCUAGCAACCUCAAUGGUCAGUAUAUGCCAGGUGGCAAGUACGAGGAGGCGCUCUUCGCCCGCGGCAUGUGCUGGCGUUCUUGGCGUGGCCACAACUACGGGUAUAAGAUCACCCAGAUGAUGAUACGACCCAAGUGCCGAAACCUACCCUCGUGAUUCAUCCCAAGAACAUUAUUCAUUUUCCUUGUGGCCUCAAAGAUCAACGUGCAAACAAUUUGUUAUGAACUUGAUUAACAUGCAAAAAGUGUUGUCAUUGAAUCAUCAUCGUCACAUUCUCUACUCUGAGAGAGUAGCAAUAAAGAAAUAUAUAUAAAACAA